AUGGGGACCGGCAGCGGUGACUAUUACAUGGUUAAGAAACUCUUAGAGGAAAAUAGCUCGGGCGAAAUGAACAUAAAUUGUGUGGAUGUGCUUGGACGAAAUGCUGUUACCAUAACCAUUGAAAAUGAAAACUUGGACAUACUACAGCUUCUUUUGGAUUAUGGCUGCCAGUCAUCGGAUGCACUUUUGGUGGCUAUUGACUCGGAAGUGGUGGGAGCUGUUGACAUUCUACUUAAUCACCGACCAAAAAGAUCCUCCAGGCCAACCAUUAAACUGAUGGAACGCAUUCAGAACCCAGAGUACUCGACAACAAUGGAUGUGGCACCUGUCAUUUUAGCUGCUCAUCGUAACAACUAUGAAAUUCUUACCAUGCUGUUAAAGCAAGAUAUAUCAUUACCCAAACCUCAUGCUGUAGGCUGCGAAUGCACACUGUGUACUGCAAAGAACAAAAAAGAUAGUCUACGACACUCCAGGUUUCGUCUUGAUAUCUAUCGGUGUUUGGCCAGUCCUGCUUUAAUAAUGUUGACAGAGGAGGAUCCAAUCCUGCGAGCUUUUGAACUUAGUGCAGACUUGAAAGAAUUGAGCCUUGUUGAGGUUGAAUUCAGAAAUGAUUAUGAGGAGCUAGCUCAACAGUGCAAAACCUUUGCUAAAGAUUUGCUUGCACAAGCACGGAAUUCACGGGAGCUGGAAGUUAUUCUGAAUCACACAUCUAGUGAUGAACAUGUAGACAAGCGAGGAUUGUUGGAAGAGAGGAUGAACUUAAGCCGCUUAAAACUUGCAAUCAAGUAUAAUCAAAAAGAGUUUGUUGCUCAGUCUAACUGCCAGCAGUUUCUAAACACUGUAUGGUUUGGACAGAUGGCAGGCUAUCGGCGCAAGCACACAUGCAAGAAAAUUUUGACUGUUUUGAUGGUUGGCAUUUUCUGGCCAGUUCUGUCCCUGUGUUACUUGUUAGCCCCUAAAUCUCGAGUAGGUCGAAUAAUUCACACUCCUUUUAUGAAGUUUAUUAUUCAUGGAGCUUCAUACUUCACAUUUCUGUUAUUACUUAAUUUGUACUCCCUUGUCUACAAUGAGAAUAAGAAGAAUACAAUGGGACCAGCCCUUGAGAGGAUAGACUAUCUUCUGAUAAUAUGGCUAAUUGGAAUGGUGUGGUCAGAUGUUAAAAGACUCUGGUAUGAUGGUUUAGAAGACUUUUUAGAAGAAUCCCGUAAUCAGCUCAGUUUUGUCAUGAAUUCCCUGUAUUUGGCAACUUUUGCCCUCAAAGUCGUUGCCCAUAACAAGUUUCAUGAUUAUGCUGAAAGGAAGGACUGGGAUGCAUUCCAUCCUACCCUAGUGGCAGAAGGUCUUUUUGCUUUUGCUAAUGUUCUUAGUUAUCUGCGUCUCUUCUUCAUGUACACAACCAGCUCUAUUCUGGGACCACUCCAGAUUUCAAUGGGGCAGAUGCUACAAGAUUUUGGAAAAUUUCUGGGCAUGUUUCUUCUUGUCUUGUUCUCGUUCACAAUUGGAUUGACGCAACUUUAUGAUAAAGGAUUUACUGUAAAUGAAGAAAAGGACUGUGCGGGGAUUUUCUGUGAACAGCAGAGCAAUGACACAUUCCAUUCGUUUAUUGGCACAUGUUUUGCUCUGUUCUGGUAUAUAUUCUCCCUGGCACAUGUAGCAAUCUUUGUCACACGUUUUAGCUAUGGUGAAGAAUUACAGUCUUUUGUGGGUGCUGUUAUUGUUGGCACCUACAAUGUGGUGGUUGUGAUAGUAUUAACUAAACUCCUUGUGGCAAUGCUUCAUAAAAGUUUUCAGCUGAUAGCAAAUCAUGAAGAUAAGGAAUGGAAGUUUGCUCGUGCCAAGCUUUGGCUUAGCUACUUUGAUGACAAAUGCACGCUACCUCCACCUUUCAAUGUUAUUCCCUCUCCCAAGACUAUCUGUUAUCUUUUCAACAGUCUCAGUAAAUGGAUCUGCUCUCAUACAUCAAGUGGCAAAGUGAAACGUCAGAACAGCCUAAAGGAAUGGAGAAAUCUGAAGCAAAAGAGAGAUGAGAAUUAUCAAAAGGUGAUGUGUUGCUUAGUCCACCGUUACUUGACUUCCAUGAGACAGAAGAUGCAAAGCACGGAUCAGGCAACUGUGGAAAACCUAAAUGAACUGCGGCAAGACUUGUCAAAAUUCCGAAAUGAAAUGAGAGACCUGCUUGGCUUUCGAACUUCUAAAUAUGCUAUGUUUUAUCCAAGAAACUAAGGCCUAACUUUUAAACAAGAAGUGUGUACUUUUAGAUACCUAUAGGUGAAAGUGUUGACCUAAUUCUGUUGCCAGACCAAAUAGAAAAGGAGAUUAUUGCACAACAAUACGAUUUGAAAAUGUGUUUGCAUGAGUUGCAGCUAGAUGCAGAAGUGGUGGAAAUAAAUGCAAAAACAGAUACAGUAAUUUUCUUAAGCUCUUAAUCUUAGUGUGUAUAUAAAAUUUGUAUAUAGGAGUUUUUUUAAUGUUCCUCAGACUGUGGCUGUCAGGUGUCAAGAGCUUCAGAACUAGCACAAUGUGUUUAUUUCUUCUAUUUUUGCUGUUUGUUCCUUUUUGAUACUUGUUUUUUCAAGUUGUGGGAGAAGAUAGGCUUUUUAAGACAAAAGUCCAGCCUAUGUUUAUUUUUAAUAGAAAAGUCAGAUAUAGAAUAAUAGAAAAUUUCCAGCACAGUUGGAAAUUAUGUUUGACU